AUGGUAACAUCAUCGAUAACUGAAGAACACACUAUAGCAGUAAACUUGACUAGCGAUGUGAAGAAGGCUUCGAAAACGUUGUUCAAGGCAUUUGAAAAAUCAUAUGCCAAUGACUACUUAAUGAAAAAGUUCUUCCAUAUCCCAAUUACAGAAAAAGUUUCAAGAGAAAGAAUAAAUGCAAUGAUACAUUACUACACGACGUGCUACCAUGACCUGAACGGAGAAAUUGCUGAGGCAAAUGACUUCGAUGCAGUGGCAAUAUGGAGCCGCCCUGGACACCACUUGCCUGCCACGCUAUCUGACGACGAAUCCUUCAAUAAGAUUUUCUUUGACGACUUGACUGCAAGGAAACACGAAGUCAUGCCUCGAGGAAUGGACUAUUACUAUCUUUACGCCAUUGGGAAAGAUCCCAGCCACCCCGAAAUUAGGGGCUCAGUUAGAAAAAUAUUCGAGGAAUACAAACUUAAAGCAGACAAGGCCAAUUGUGCUCUUGCUCUCGAGGCUAUUUCAGAACAUGCGAAGUCUGUCUACGAAUAUUUUGGUUUCAGGACCUAUCUAGCGUUUCAGUUCGGUGCUGGGGAGGUGAAUUCCAGAGGCGAACCGGAUUCACAGGGAGAAGGGUUCACGGCCUACUUGAUGCUAUAUCACAAAGACGCAGAUACCAUCUUUCACGCUUGA